AUGUCCCAGCCACGGCGAAGGUCAGCACGUGGAAAGCGUGGUCAGGGCACAUCUUCCGACCUUUCGAAUACUGGCAUCGAGAACGAACGGCACGAGAACCCCGUGGCUGCAGCGGUAGCCACAGUCAACGACCGUGACAUGGACAAGUCAAGCAUUGUAUCUGCGCUCCGCCGCCAGCCUGUCUGGGUGGUGCUGGCAGUGUCAAGCGGUGCAUGCGCAGCAUUCAAUGGAGUUUUUGCAAAGUUAACAACGACAGCCUUAACAUCCACACUCUCCUCGCACAUCGCGACCCUCUUCUCGCUAUCGCCUACGAAUGGCGUUGUCGAGUUUCUGGUGCGCGGCACCUUCUUCCUGCUCAAUCUGGCAUUCAAUGCAGCCAUGUGGGCGCUCUUCACCGCAGCAUUAACACGCUCCGACAGCACGACGCGCGUCAGCAUUGUGAACGUCAGUGCGAAUUUCAUGAUCACCGCCAUCCUCGGGUGGAUGGUCUUCAAUGAGAAGCUGAAUGGGAUGUUCUGGGGCGGUGCGGCUCUUUUGGCCGCGGGAAAUGUGGUCAUUGGGAGGAGGGAGGAACAGAAACCCGCUGCCGUUGGUGUCCCGGGCGGUAUUCCCGUCUCAACUCCCAGAACGUCCGGCGAUGAGGCUGAGGAGUUGUUGUUACCGGACCUGAGCGGUGGCGAGCCGGAGAGAGGUAGGAAUCUUGAAGUCGAGCUGGAUGACACAGGUGCCGCUGCGGCUGGACAGCUUAGGGCUCGGUCAAGUGAAGAACAUCGCAGGCUCAGGAGGGCAGAGGAGGCGGAUGAUCCUAUUUGA